CACGUGUGCCCUCUAAUAGUGUCAGCAGAUGAUGGCGAGCUCAACUAGAAUGGUGGCUAAGCAUUUAGCCUCAGUUGCUAUGAGGCUUCCUCCUCUGCCGUCCACGAGUGAUCUUGUCAGGCUCUACAAAUUGCGAGCCAUUAAGCAGCUCAGUCAGAACUUCCUGAUGGAUGCCAAAUUAACCAGCAAAAUAGUACGAAGUGGAGGUCGCGUGAGACACUGCCACGUGUGUGAGGUUGGGCCUGGGCCAGGAAGCAUUACACGGAGCAUACUGGAACAGGGAGCAGAGCACUUAACUGUUAUAGAAAAAGACCCACGUUUCUUGCCCUUGUUGGAAUUGUUACGGGAUGCAUGUGGUAAGAGACUAGACAUUCAGCUGGGAGAUGUCAUGACAUACAAUAUGGAAAAAUUGUUUCCAGAGGAUUUAGCACAGCCUUGGGAAGGUCCGCUUCCCAAGAUUCAUCUCAUUGGUAAUUUACCCUUCAACAUUGCAACCCCUCUAAUCAUCAGAUGGCUAAAGGACAUUAGCUUGCAGCAAAAUGCUUGGAGAUAUGGACGUGUGUGGAUGACACUCACUUUCCAGCGUGAAGUGGCGGAGCGCAUGAUAGCUCUUCCAGGUGGCUCACAGAGAUGUCGUCUUUCAAUAAUGUGUCAAAAUUGGUGUACCGUGGAUCAUAAAUUUACAAUUCCUGGCAGAGCUUUUGUUCCAAAGCCAGAUGUAGAUGUGGGUGUUGUUAAUUUUGUUCCACGUAUUGAGCCACAGAUUCCUCUAGAUUUUUGGUUAGUGGAGAAGGUUGUUCGCUGCAUUUUCUCAUUUCGUCAGAAACACUCAAAAAAAGGAGCUGGCUUGCUAUUUCCUCUGUCCCAUCGAGAUGAAAUGGUGAAAAAGAUGUUCACAGUUGCUGAGGUUAAUCCAACUCUAAAGUCGUUUGAGCUCACAGUCCCUGAGUUUAACAGACUCUGCCAUGCGUAUGCUGCAAUAAUUGAACAGAUGCCUGCACUGGCUAGAUUCAAUGCAAGGGAACAAAAGUCAUCCAUCUGUAAUUUUGAUGAUCUUUUAGACUGUGAAACACAGAAAACAUGAGAAAUAGAUUGAUAUAUUGUUCCAUGUGUACAAAUUCUUAAGUAUUUGUAUGAUAUAAGGACAUUGAUACAAUAAUGUUUCCUAGUCAAAUUAUAUGAUCUGUGAUUUGUGUGUGUAUAUAUUGUUAUUUUCUAAAUAAAUUGAGAAGAGAA